AUGGAAGGGGGCAAAUUCACUACUAUUGGGACUAUGAGUUCUUUGCCGUAUUGCACGACAACGCCUGGCUUGGGCGUGAUGGAAGGGACUAGCUUAAUCAACCCCCAAGUACAAUCAGGAUGGUCUGAACCAUCUUCUCAAACUCACACUCCUGCUCCUGCGGCUGUGCCGCCCCAUGUAUAUUCUCCCAUGUCCUUUGACCAUAUGUCUGAUUGUGAAUUGUUGAACAUGGUUGCCCAAAACAUGAUCAUUUUAAAAAAAGAAUUCUCUCAACUACAAGGAUCUUAUGACGCGCAACAUGAUCAAAUUGCGUUGUUAAGGGCAGAGUUAGAGGAACAUCGAGAACAAUCACGUAACCAACAUAUCUUUUAUUCCAAUCAAAUCCAAGGGGCGGCAACAUCCAUUCAGGCUGUGCAAGAUCAGCUUCUUCAUCAAUCCUCCUCUUGCUCCACAAUUCCACCCCCACCUUCUGGCACUGCCACCACUAUCAAUCCCCCACCUGCCCCUACGUCUUCUAACUCUGAUUUGAAAUUUGCCAAGCCAAACAAGUUUAGCGGCAAGAAAGAAGACGCCCUCAAUUUCAUUAUUGCCUGCCAAGCUUAUAUAAGGGCAAAAGGGGCCAACCAAUCCCACAAGGAAAAAAUCUUGUGGGUUACAUCAUAUUUUGAGGGAGCUGCCGAAGACUGGGUUUGCCCAUAUAAAGAAAGGAAGGUGUUCAGGGGAGAAGCAGUUCCUCUUUUGGAAGACAUUGACACUUUUUGGGCCGAGUUUACUAAGCACUAUGUGGACACUAAUUGCGAUGAAAAAUAUUGGCAAAAAUGGAACAACUUGCGGCAGAAGGCUUUGGUCCAGGAAUAUACUCGUGAAUUCCAACAGUACUCAGUCUCUCUUGGUUAUAGCAAUGAGACACUGCGUGACAAGUACUAUGAUGGACUCAAAAAUGAAAUCAAGGACAUCAUGCUUUCAACAAUGUUCCAGUGGCGUCGUGCUACUGCCCAACAAGUCUAUGACAAGGCGGAAGAAAUUGCCAAUCAUAUUGAAUCCACUCGCCUGUCCAAUCCGUCUAUUCCUACUGCUUGCGCCCCUUCCUCUGCAACCCCCACUUCCACUUCCAACUCCACUCCCACUCGUACACGUCUAAAUGUAGGGGACAAUGUAUAUAUGAUUGAUCCCACUACUCGCCGCGCCAAGAAAGGUGCCAUUACCUCAAUUGUACGCACAACCUCGGGCAAUAUGCCAAAUGUUUGUUGGAAUGGAGAAUCCAAGGACACCAUGAUCCCAUUCCCCUCCCUAAAAAAAGAUGAGCGCCCUGCAGCGGCCGCCCCAGUUAAAUCAAUUGUUGCCCCUGUCCCGGUGUUAGCCACAAGCAAGGGUCCAGGUCCCAUGGAUCUUGAUGGAAGGGGUUUUGCAAAUCUAACCUGCCAUGUGUGCGGCGGAAAGGGCCAUUUUGCACGCAACUGUCCCUCUAAGCCCAUGUCUGGACAUGUGGCUAAUGUUGAAUGGUCUUGGGAAAGGCCUAAAGAAGAAAAUAGAAUUGAAGUUGUCUCUGAUGAGGAAGAAUCGGGAAAAGGAAAAGCCAAGGCCGACUAA